UUGGUCACUCCCUGCCUCCAACAUCACCAGUGUUAUAUAAACCACUCACCUGCCUGCAGAGCUUUGUCACUCCCGACGCAACCUACUGAAGACAGCCAAGAUGAAAGUCAUAGACAUGGCAUUCAAGGAGGGGCAGGAGUUCAAGGUCCGCGUCAAGCCUAAGGAUGACUGCAAUUCCUUCGCCCUCAACAUCGGUCAUGACCCUGAAAACAUUGCAAUGCACUUCAACCCCCGUUUUAACUGUGGUGGGGACGCCAACGUCAUUGUCUGCAACUCGGUGUCUGGUGGUUGCUGGGGUGACGAGCAACGUGAGGGAAACUUCCCCUUUGCACGUGGGGAGGAAUGCAAGUUUCACAUCAACUUCAACAAUGAGCAGUUUUACAUCAAGCUUCCUGAUGGCUCCAUGAUGAACUUCCCCAACCGUCUGGGAGAUGUCAAGUACAAGUUCUUCGAUGUCAGCGGUGACGCGAGGAUUAUCGGCAUCAAGAUCAAGUAGAGAUCGACGUCUUCUUGACCCUUGACUCCUGACCUGUCUACCAUUUGUUUGUUGCUGAAAUAGUCUGUUUUACAUUACUGAGCCCUGGCCUGAUUGUUCAUCUUUUCUCCCACUGAGGCUUAUGGAAACAUAACACUAGAAACAUGAGUGCUUACAUUGUAAUAAGUGGAAAUGGCCUAAAGAGGGAGCCACAGCACAUCUUACCAGACUGUGCCUGCUUGACGUCUCAUCAGUCACUGAGUUUGUUAAUAAAUGCUGUGAGAAAAUAAAAAAGUGCCAGCUCUC